AUGGAAGGCCACGGACGGACUCUGGCGGCCGCAUCGGUGGCCGCGGUGAUCGGCAACGGCGAUCUCCUCCGUGAGAUCCUCCUCCGCCUCGGCUUUCCCCACUACCUUGUCCGCGCCGCCCUCGUCUCCAAGCGGUGGCUCCUCCACGCCUCCGACCCGGCCUUCCUCCGCCGCUUCCGUGAGCGCCACCCACCCCGCCUCCUCGGCUUCUACAUCGGCUACGUCGGCAGGUCUCAGUUAGUGCUGUUCCCACUGCAACCGGAGCUCGCCGCUAUCUCGAGCCGCGCAGCCUCCUCCUGCGACAACGCCUUGGCCCGCAGACGCCAGUAUAUCCACUGCCGGAACGGCCGCCUCAUCUCCAUAUUCUUGGACGACACCGGGUGGAAGUACGCCCUCGUGUCACCGCUCCUCGCCGGGGACUCCGAACUGGUCCUCCCUCCGAUUCCAACCCUGCUGCCCCAUAAUGACCACGCCCACCUCAAUUGGUGGAUCUACCUGCCCGAGGACGGGGGCCGCGACGGCAUCACCUUCGUGCGUCUCUGGAGGGCUGGGCGAAAGGUCUCCGCAGAGGUGUACGUCCUCGGAUCCGGCGGAUGGGGCGUCCCUAGCACCGCCGCGACAGAGAUAGAGCUCCCGUGUCCGGUAACCGGCCUUAAGCAUAUGGUGUGCCCCGUCCAUGGCAAGAUCUUCACGGCAAUCGGCGUUGGGUACACCCUCGGGCUGGAUUUGGCGGCGGCACGCUUGUUCAUCCUUGAGCACCCACAUGGAGUAGUAGGGAGCAAUUUCAUGCUCUCACAUGCGGAUUCCGGCAUAUAUCUUGUCAAUGUACAAGGGUUUCAGGUCAGUAUAUGGCUCCAUAAGCUUAGGGGCGACGACUAUGGUGCAGGUGGUUGGCUGUUGGUGGACACGUUUUGUGUCCAUGAGGCAUGGAAAAAUGCUGUGGGUGAAAGGCGGGUUGGAGGUUCUCUUGACAUUAUUGCAGUUGGGGAUAAUGCGGAGUUUGCAUUCUUGAAUCAUGCAGCAAGCGGUGCUGUCCUUUAUGUUGAUCUCAGGACCAGGGUGGUUCAGAAGGUGUACGAUCAACGUGAUUCUGGUCAUUUGCAUUGGUAUGGCCACAUUCGUAUCAGUCCUCUUAUGAUGAUCUGGCCUCCUGUCUUCCCGACACUUAAUGGAUGA